GCCGCGAAGUUUGGGCAGAGGGGUCUGGCUUUGCCUGAGGGGGAGAAGGAAGGUUCGGGAAUGAUAGGAUUCGGUGAAAGUCAGCGUGUCCCUCGCGGGGUUGUGAGGAGCAGAGGAGAAGUGGGGCGUGGGAGCAUCUGGGCAGUAAAGCCCGCGGGGUGCUCAGUGAGGGGAAUUUGGUCAGUGGGUGGCAUGGCCGUCCUCUGAGCGCUGGUGUCGCCCCCACCUGACAGCUGAGAAAACCGAGGCUCAGGCAGCUCAAGUGUUUGCCAAACCUCAGCGGACGCCCAGGUUCAAGCCUGGAUGCCAGCCCAGGAGGACCCGUCCGUGCCGGGGAGGGCGAGCAGAAAGCAGGGGUGGGCGACCUGGGGGGAAGUCGGGGCCAUCCGGUGCCAAGUGGGAGCGAGGGAAAGCCGUAUCCGGCCCGCGGGUCAACCGAGGUGUGGAGGGGAUUCCUGGGUCAGGUCCCAGAGCAGCUGCCUGAUGAGAGGCUGAGGUUCGGAGGCCUCGCUCACCCAGCUCGGACCACACCACGCGCCAGAGAUGCUCUGGGGGGUGGGACUGAACACCUGGCCCCGACUUGCCACCUUUGUUCAUUCAUGACAGCGUUUUUACAGCCUUACAUGAUUGAAUUCUUAACUACUGGCCUCGUAUUAGACAGAUUAACUACUAGUACGUAACUACUAGACAGGUGAAAUAGGACCAGAGGCCACAAGGGGUUGACCUGAAGGCACCUCGAGUUCUCCCAGGCUUCCUGCCUUCUUUGUUAUCAGAGAGAGUUGGAGGUUUAGAUUUUACAGAUGACAGAACCUAGCAUAGAACCCAGAGCUUCUGACUCACAGGCUGAUGUUCUUUUCCCAACUGCUCUCUCAUUAUGGAUAAAGAAACUGCGGGAAAAUCUGAACAGAGGGAGCACAAUACUGAAAUAUUUAAUUAUUCACUGGAGGUGUGAAACAGCAAGAAUAUCAAAGGGAGCAUUGCUAGAAGGAGAGCUAGUGAUUUCCAUAGAAGCAUUAAAUUCUAAGCACCAGGCAAAUACUCUUCAUUGUGUAACAACUAUUGCUUCUGCAGGAAGCAUUUUUGGCGGUUUGGUCCUCAAGAAGAUCCUAAAAGAAAUACAGUCUAUACUGCCUGGACUCUCUGCAGAGCUGAGCUGGACUUCAGAGGAAACCAGCUAUUCUCAGGACGUGUCAGGGGUAACACCCUUCCAGAUGAUUUUUGAGGUUCAUGAAAAGCCCAGAACUUUGAUGACAGAUAGCCUGGUUAUAAAGAAUUUUUUACGCAAAGUCAUCACUGUGCUCCCCAAGAUUAGAUUUAAUUUUAGUGUAAAGGUGAAUGGAAUCCUCUCCAUGGAGAUCUUUGGGGCAGAGAAUGAACCUACUUUGAACCUGUCAAAUGGAAUUGCGCUUGUCGUAAACCAUCAGCAUUAUGUGAGUACACCAAAAUUUGGUGCAACUGAAUUACUCUGCAGCAGAAUCCAUCCCGUGCUAGGACAUCCAGUCAUGCUCUUCAUCCCUGAUGACGUGGCUAAAAUGGGCUUGUUGGGGGAGCUGAUACUGACUCCAGCUGCUGCUCUCUGUCCUUGCCCAAAGGUCUUUUCCAACCAGCUGAAUAGGAUUUCUUCAGUAUACAUAUUUCUAUAUGGACCUUCAGGUCUGCCUCUGAUAUUGCUAAAUCCGGAGCAGCCAACUUCUACUAUCUUCAAAGAUACCUCUUAUUUCAUUAACUGGAAGAAACACCACUUGUGUAUGGUGCCCAAUUUGGAUUUCAAUUUAGAUAGAGAUUUGGUGCUUCCAGAUGUGAGUUAUCAGGUGGAAUCCAGUGAGGGGGAUCAGACUCAGAAUAUGGACCCCCAGGGACAAACUCUGCUGCUUUUUCUCUUUGUGGACUUCCACAGCGGAUUUCCAGUCCAGAAAAUGGAACUCUGGGGAGUCCACACUUUGCUCACAACUCAUCUCAGUGCCAUUCUCACGGAGAGCCACAGUGUGGUACAAGAUUCCAUCCAGGUCGCUGUGGACCAGGCCUUGGAGCAGCAUCACUACGCUGUCAAGGCUCAUCAGAAACUACAGGCCUCACUCUCAGUGGCUGUGAAUUCCAUCAUGAGUAUCAUGACUGGAAGCACCAGCAGCAGCUUCCGAAAGACAUGCCUCCAGACGCUUCAAGCAGCUGACACACAGGAAUUUGGGACCAAGCUGCAUAAAUCAUUUCAUGAGAUCACCCAGAACCGAUUUCUUCACCACUGCUCACGUGAGGUGAAGCAGGCGGCAGAAGGGGGUUCUUCCUUAACAACAGGUGUGUGCUCUUCUCAAGAGUUCGGAUCUCCUUCAGAACCCAAUGUCUCCAGCGAGCAAGUCGACGGGAGGAAGUGCCUAAGUAUGGGCCCGGCCGGGUGGCGGCAGGAGCCGGGCUCACGGUGCGCCUCCUUGGGGCUUCGGACUUGCGGAUCCAUCGGCGUGGGCCCAUGGCUGGCGCUCAGGGUUGCGGACCCGCGGCUCCUUCUCGGCCUUCCGGGUCCAGAGGCAGAGGCUGGCGUCCAGCAGCUGCUCCCAGAGAAAAAUAAUGCAGAGCAGAGCACAGAGGAUGCACAUGAGAACAGCAGCCUGGAGCUCCUUGCAGGGACCAGCGGGCAAGUAGAAAACAAGAGUCUCAAAAGAGGCAGCCUCUGCCAAGGAGUGGAGGAGGCGCGGGCUUUCCGCUCCCCUCGGGCCCUGAACCCGUCAGAGGCCGCCUUGGGCUGCGCGGAACCCACCGCGGCUCCCCUGACCCCUAGCAGAAACAGGACGGGCCCCAGGAGCGGCCUGGAGGACGCGCUGUGGCUGCAGGAAAUCUCCAAUCUGUCCGAGUGGCUAAGUCCCGGCUCUGCGUCCUGAACCGGACCCCCUCCCGCCGCCUCCACGUCUGCCCCGCCGCUGCCGGGGCCGCAUGUUGUCUGUAGUUCAAUAAACCUACUCUGCGCGCGCA